GGAUGUGCGCGUCAACGUGAAAGACUUGCUCAAUACCUCAAAAGCCGCGUUACGCACGAGUCAAAGCCAUCACCGUUAUGCGUGACUUAAACCCUCAUCUGUGCAGGAUGAAGGUAACCUUUGGCUCUCUGGUGAUCACAGCCGGCUUCUGCGGCAUUCUGAGCUUCGCUUUUUUGGCGACUUCCCUCGCAACCGAAUAUUGGUACAUCAUAGAGAUGAAUCCUGUGAAUACAAGCGACUUUGAGAACAUGAGCUCCCACUCGGGACUGUGGAGCAUCAACGAAGGUGGGAAGAUGACCACAGACUCUAUAGACUCCUUCACAACUGACUCCUCCAGGUACUCUGAGGCUGAGCUGCUCAUGCUGAGCUUGCACAGCGCAAUAGUGGUGGUGCUUCCCUUCAGCCUGGUCCUGUUGUUGUUUGGUGGCAUCUGUGGAUUGGUCAGCUCCCUGGCACGGAGCCCCUUCCUCCUCACCGGCACAGCCUCCUACUUCUUCGUCUGCAGUCUGCUGACGCUGUGCGGUGUGAGCCUCUACAUCCUCUACUCGGGGAAGGCCCUGGCUGAGACGGAGAGGCAGGUGGGGCCGGAGGGUCUGGCCUACAUUCACACCUCCUUCGGCUGGUCUCUGGGUCUGGCCUGGCUCUCCUACGGCCUGGAGCUCCUCACCGGCGUACUGCUCCUCGUGGCUGCGAGAAUGGCCAAGCUGCAGCAAAGCAGUCCCACCACGGCCUGACACAAGCCUCUACCCUGGAUCCAACACGUUCAGAAGGGCUGACAAUCGAACUGUAGCAGGCACUCGCUACAUUUCGCACCCAGGCGGUUGAAACGGGGCAGGUUUUAACCCUCCUGUUGUCCUCGGGUCACAUUUG